CAGCUCCUCCGCGACGCGAUAAGAGGCGCCGGCCGAGAAAUGCUGCCAUGGGCGCCGACGGCUUCCUCCUCCGCCGCCGCUACCUCCCCCCUUCUCCAUUCCUCCCCGCUCCCCGCUCACCCCUGUGCUGCACCACGCUCCUAUCGCCCACAUCCCCACGUUCCGCCGCCGCUCUCAAUUGGCUCCCGGGCCCCGCCACGCGCUCUCCCGCGCGGCGCCGCCUUCUGGGAGGAGCCGGACGACGGCUCCGGCAGCGAGUACGAGGAUGAGGGCAAGCAAUCCACCAGACAAAGAAGCUCCCCUUUCCCUUCCCCCAUCCCGUUCUCUAGGGUCGCUACGGCGCGGCAGCAAGACCGUGAAGAGCAGGAGCUCCGGAGAGAAAUCGAGCUUCUCCUAACGCCGGAAGAAGAGGCUAUCUUGGAUCAGAACCAGACCGCUGAUGUCACCCUAAUAUCAUCACCGAAAUGGCAUCCGCUUCAUACCUAUGCGUUGGCGCUGCAGAUACCUCUCAUGGACAAGUUGCUGGACAAUGGUGUUGAUAUCAAUCUAGUCGAUAAAGAUGGUUUCACCCCUCUUCACAAAGCAGUAAUAGGCAAGAAGGAGGCUGUCAUUAGCCAUCUCCUAAGAAAAGGAGCAAAUCCUCAUGUCAGGGAUAGGGAUGGAGCCACACCAUUGCAUUACGCAGUUCAAGUUGGUGCUCUGCAAACUGUGAAGCUACUGAUUAAGUAUAAGGUGGAUGUUAACGUUGCUGAUGUUGAUGGCUGGACACCACUACAUGUAGCAGUCCAAAGUAGAAAUAGGGAUAUAGCAAAGAUAUUGCUCGUCAACGGUGCUGAUCAGACAAGAAGAACAAAUGGUGGAAAGACACCAUUGGACCUGAGCUUAUGCUUCGGAAGGGAUUUCAACUCAUAUGAUCUGGCAAAGCUUCUUAAACUCGUUCCAGCAAACAGAGCUGCUUGAGGUCUGCUCUGCCUGAAAUUCGAAACAAAAGAUCAAAUGUUAGCAAGUACUCCCUCUGUUCCUAAUUAUAAGAUGUGUUUUGGCAGUUCUAUUUAAACUGCCAAGACGUCUUAUAUUUAGGAAUUGAGGUAGUAGCAACUGUGUCUUAAGUUGAUUCUUCCGAUGGAACAUGGUCUGUGGGUCAUACCUUUCCGUCUGGAUUCAUGGACAGCUUAUGUAGAAACUUCGUGAAGAUGAAAUAGUCAGUGACAGCUGACAGGUGAAAUCAUUCCUAUUUGACGACUCCAGGCAAUUUCGGCAGACUUGUUCUUCAGUUAUUUUCAUGGACAUGUUUGUGUAGUCUAUUAGUCUGUGCAUCGUCCUCGGAUAAGCAGGUAGGCACACAGGAAAUCAAUCUGGUGGAACAGGUUACCUCAUUUGGGUUAUAAUUGUCUUAGAGCUGGCCUCAGUUGUAAUUCUAGAAGCAACAUUCAGGGAUAGAACAGUCAUUUUAUUUCUACUUUUUUUCUUUUUAUUUCUUCUGCUCUUUUGCACAUAAAUGUGGCAAGCCUUUUGAAUUCGACAUGUAUGGCACGCUUUUUUAUUUUCAUCUGUAAUGCA